CCCAAGAGAAACAUCUCUCGUACGAGUGGCAUCCCUUCGUUUCUGCAUCUCCGCCCAUCGAAUGGUGACAUUGGGCCGUGGACCGCCGAGCAGGAAGCAGACGCUCACACAACUGGAACCAGCCUGGAGUGACAAUCCUUGCACUGAAUGGAAGGAUCGUGCUGUUGGGGGCAUUUUUGCCUGGUUCAACAAAACUUACGGCAUUGAAGAGUGUCCAAAUGCCGCGAAUAUACGAAGAAUUGAUGCCCCCGAGGAAUCCGGCCAAAGGAGUCAACAGAGCAUUCCUCCCUCGUCUAGAGUAUCGCCCGCCCAUGCGGUCGGCCCAGCCGUCCUCUCAGCAAACGGACCGAUGCACCACCACCACCACCACCACCCGUCGGUCAUUGAUCCGACCCUCCGGAUGCGAUUUGUCUAACUGGAUAGGAAACUGACGGUCUAUAACUUGUCCGCCCAGACCGUUCGCCGGCAAAGGGUCCAGAUCGACGCCCACAAGACAAGCGUCUGGGCAGGAACGACACAAUCCGGAGGCCACCAAGCUAGUUUCGCCUCAGUGGCUUGUGACGAAGCCGCGAGAGAGAAGACAGUACUGAAGAGGAUGGCUUUGACUACCUUAUUGUCGCCUUCGUUCUUCUACUUGAGUGAGCCCAAGAGGAGCUUCUUCUCCAGGGCGUACCGUGGAAUGCGUCCCCUUCUUCUGCCAUCUCGAGGAAUAUUUGGCUGAACAUCACACAAAACGAC